UGUUUAUUUUAGGCGGCGACGUUGAUAUUCCAUGGGGCUGGGUGUCAAUUGAGACGUGUUGGAGAGUGUGUGGGAGUGUACGGUGUAAUGUUUUCGCAAAAUUCGUCCGAAUGAGGCGUAGGACGUAGUGAAAAUGUGCCAGAAAAAAUGAGUAUUCGCAAUCCCGGUACCGUGAUUCCGAAGUAAUCCUCGAUGAGUAUUAAAAAUGGAAAGUAGAAAGUGUGGAUAGAGCACCAUAAAAAGUGCAUAGUUUUUUUUUGCAAAGUUUCAAAUGUGUGGUAAAGAAAAAUAGUUAAAAAAUAUGCCUAAAACAUGCAAAAACUUCAUGUGAAAAUUCCUUCCGAAACGUGUACAAAAUAUGUGCCAUUUUUUAAAUAAUUGUAUUGGAAGUUUGCUUCCAACAUUACGCAAAAAUACAACAGCGAACGCGUCAGCGAGAGUGCAUUUGUCAUCCAAAUCCCAUAUAUCAAGACGCGUUUUUUUCUUCUAUCUUUUAUUUCAUGUUACUUCAGCCGCUCUACAUAUUACUCAGUGGUCCAAUAAAGUGAAAAAAAUGAAUAUGCACUAAAUCUCAACGGAAUCUCAUGCAAAUCGGUAGCAGACGUUGUGUGCCAAAGUGUAGUGAUCAGUUAAUUUACCUAAGAAUCUAACAAAAAGAGAAUAAUAUUCAGUCAAGACGGAGUAAAAACAAAUAGUCAACAUGAUCUGGUCCCCGACAAGCAACAAAUACGGAGUUGCAAUACACAAUUGGCACGGGGAUGUGACGCACGGACUAGCUUUGGAUGUAGGAGACUGCGUGGAAAUACUGGAGGAAACAGCCUACUGGUUCCGAGGUACCUGUCCCCGAAAGCCUCGCAAAGUGGGUCUCUUUCCCAAAUCGUACAUUCAUCUGAAAGACCUCUCGAAGGUGGAUCCGGUGGUCGCAGAAUGCACGCUUGUGUUACGUGAGUGGUCCGAAAUAUGGAAACGAUUGUUUGUGGAACGCGAGGAAUACAAAUUUACGUCACUGCGCAAGGUAAUGCUGGCAUUGCUCGAAAGCCGUCGAGAACUGUUAAGCUCUACGCUUACCCAGGACCAGACUUACGAGCUACAAAUGAAAGUAAUAUCAAAGAUUGAUUGGGGAAAUCGAAAACUUGGCUUAGAUCUUGUACCUCGAUCAGGCACACUAGCAGUAGAUCCGCAGAAAAUUGGAAUAGUAUCACUGCACCAGGUACACGUAAACAGUGCUGAAAAUGCGAAGGCUGCAUCGAACCGAGGAACUCUUCGGCGAAAAGCGGGUAAAAAAAUCCAUACGCAUCAUUUAUACUUUUGCAUGCGUGAUUUUGGACACCGGAUAGGAGAUGAUGCCGAAAUCUAUUUCUACCUGUACGAUGGCAACACGAAUCGUAUGCGUGCCCUGUCGGAACGAUUUCUGGUACGGAUAGCGCGUGACGGUUUUUCGACGUACGUGGAAACAAGCCAUAAUUGUACCAUCUUCACCGAUCUUGGAUCGUCCGAUUUAAACCAGGACCUAUACCUGAUUGCAAACGUAAUGCGUGUAGGCAAAAUGUUGCACUCGGAAUCGGUAAAGAAAGGUGACAAACUCACAACUACGACACACGCCUAUCGACGACCUUACGGCGUUGGCGUGCUACCACUGAGUGAAAUAGCCCAGUUUGAUUACAGCGUCGAGUCGGAGGAAAAGGAGUUCAGCUUUAAGAUUUUCCAGUGCGAGGAGAAAGACUACCACCAAUUGCACGAGCUAAUUAUUAAGAAGGCAAGCGGGAAAUUUCAACCAAUCAACGCUAGCACCCAGGGUCACUAUGGAUUGGUGGUGUCCAUGAAGCUACUGCAUGGAGAAAUUAGUCAAGCAAAGCUGGAGCAGCCGAUCCUGUUUCAGGGAACUGCCAUAACCAAGAAAAUAGGCUUCCCCGAUGUGAUCAUGCCGGGCGAUGUACGUAACGAUCUGUUUCUCACACUGGAAAGAGGUGAGUUCGAGCGUGUCGGCAUCAGCACGGCAAAGAACAUAGAGAUCACGGCAUUGGUGCUGGAUGAAAAUGGACGUGUGGUGCAGGAAUGUAUAGCGAUCGCUUCCGGUAGUCCCCUGCAAGCGUAUUACAAAUCGAUGGUACUGUAUCACAACAACUCACCGGCAUGGAAUGAAACGAUCCGGAUGUUCGUGCCGAUUGAUAAGUUUAGCAAGGCGCACGUUCGCUUCGAGUUCCGCAGCUGCUCGACGAGGGAUAAAUCCGAUCCGAAGCUGUUUGGGUUUAGCUUCGCACGGCUUAUGGAAACAGGCGGGGCGACCAUCGCCGAUGGAGCCCACGAGUUAUACGUAUACAAAUGCGAGGACCCGCUGAAGGUACAACCGAACGUGUAUUUACGACUACCUUGUUCUGCUGGUGACCGGCAAGCGCUGGGUGAUUCACCUUCCUCAUACCACCGUAGUUCGAAGGAAGCCUUUUACGUGCGCACGAUCCUUUGCUCAACGAAACUGACCCAAAAUGGAGAUUUACUAUCACUGCUGCAGUGGCGUAAUCGACCGGAGGGCAUUCAAGAUUCGUUGCAACGCGUGUUGCGGCUGCACAAUGAAGAACUGAUCAAGUUCCUGCAGGACGUCCUGGAUGCCCUGUUUGCGCUGUUUUCUACCGACGAUGGUAACAGCACCCCUCACUCGGGCCUUGUGUUUCACGUACUAGUCAACAUAUUUAGUCUGAUGCAAAGUAGCAAAUUUCAACAUUUUAAGCCGGUGAUGGACGCUUACAUACGCAACCAUUUCGCAGCUCCACUCGUAUACCAAGGAUUACUCUCGUCGGUACAGCAUCUGGCAGACUGGUUGACAACUACAGACAAUCUGGAGCCAAUCGUACAGUGCUUUAGUUCGCUGGAAUUUAUCUUCAAACUCAUCAUUCAAUCGCGCAAACUGUUUGCGCACGCAUCGGGAGGCCAAUAUGAGGACAAGUUUAAAAAUGAUCUGUUUUCGGUUUUCCUGUCGCUGAAUGGCAUGCUCGCAGUGCCAAGCACAACACAAAUCCUAGCGACACAGGAAGCGCUACUCAGUAAUGCAGGAGUGGUGUUUGAGCAGCUGCGUACCAUCAUAACCCGGCCGGAGCUGGAAACGCUUGUCAAAUCCAUGCUCGACGCUGUUCCGAAGGACGCUCAGCCACCUUUAAUACAAGCAAAACUGAAGUCAAUCAAGGAUAUGGUUUCCGGGCAGCUUUUCCAAGACGACGAACUACGUUCCGUCAUAUUGAACAUCGCCUGCAAACAUCUUCGUAUCCAUUUAGCUCGUCGUGAUGAGCUACGACUCUGUUCGGAAAUUCUCGCUGAAGUGCUGAUCAAGCUGUAUGAAGCAAAAGCGAAAACCGGUGAAAAACCAUCUAACGCCAUUCACCACGAUCUGGACACGUUGUUUGCGAACAUCUUUCCCAUCCUGCUACAAACAAUCAAUGUACUGAGUAAUGGUGGGAACGAGAAUCUCGUGUGCUCUUUGUUUGCGGUAAAGUUAGGUCUGCUGCAGCUGCUAGAUGAAUCGCACUAUCAACGCAUGUGGGACCGACAACAGUGUGGCAGCAGCCCGACGGGUGGUGGAUCGAUCGUCGGCGGAAAAGAACUGCGCGAUUUCAUUCAGCAAUGUUUGGCCAUCUUUAAGGACAUACUCGAACAGGACUGGAUGAUUUUUUCCAAAGACUGGUUGGUGAUGAAAAUGGCCGCCAACGACGUGUUGCGGCGAACGUUGGAGGAAUUAGCAAAGCCACUAGUUUACCGAUUCCUCGGUCCUCAAUCGUUCGAUUCACAACUAUGGUGGUCGUACUUCAGCGUCGCUGUUAUUUUUCUCACCCAACCAUCGCUGCAGAUCGAACAGUACCACGAGACGAAGCGCCGCAAAAUAUUGAGUACGCACGGUGAUAUGCGCGUUAUGAUGGGCUUUCAAAUAUUGAGCAUGUGGGCGCAACUCGGCGAACACAAAUUGCACUUUAUUCCGUCGAUGGUAGGACCAUUUUUGGAGGUCACACUUGUUCCAGAACCAGCGUUACGGAAGGCUACUUUUACGGUAUUCUACGACAUGAUGCAGUGCGAACAGGUUUCGCGUGGAUCGUUUCGACUGGUAGAAAGCGAACUGAUCGACAAGUUGGAUUUGCUUAUAAGUGAAAACAAGGGGGACGAUGAAUACCGGGAACUGUUCAGCACUAUACUGUUAGAACGGGUGCAAACGGAAAAUCCGUCUUGGCGCGAGUCGGGCAUUGCGUUCAUCUCCUCCGUCACUCGUCUGCUGGAGCGAUUGCUUGAUUAUCGUAGCGUUAUGCAGGGCGAUGAGAAUCGGGACAAACGUAUGACCUGCACGGUCAAUUUGCUCAACUUCUACAACGACGAGAUCAAUCGAAAGGAAAUGUACGUACGCUACAUCUACAAGCUGUUGGAUCUGCAUCUGGGUGCGGAAAAUUAUGUCGAAGCGGGUUUGACGCUGAAGCUGUACGCUGAUAUGCUAUCCUGGGACAGUGAAAAUAUUUCGGAUGAAUCGAACGGCCCACGGGAAUGGGAACAGAAGGAAAAGAUUUAUAAAAAUAUCAUCAGCUAUUUCGACAAGGGCAAAUGUUGGGAAAAGGGUAUCCCACUGUGCAAGGAACUGGCGAUGUUUUACGAGCGUAAACGUUUCGAUUACAACCGGCUGAGUGAUGUGCUGGUGCAGGAAGCUAAAUUCUUUCAAAACAUACUCACGCAACUGCGCCCAGAGCCGGAAUACUUUCGCGUUGGCUACUACGGAACAGGAUUUCCAUCGUUUGUUAGAAACAAACAAUUCAUUUAUCGUGGACUGGAGUACGAACGGAUUGGUGCAUUUAUACAGCGACUCCAGACCGAAUUCCCUACUGCUCUCAUUCUGGACAAGAAGCAAUAUCCACCAGACAGCUCAAUAUUGAAUUCGCCUGAACAACGCUUCCAUGUCGUAAAUGUACGACCGAUCGCCGAUCCGUACCAUUUGAAAAGUGCCAAAGUGACCGUCCCGGAAAAGAUUUCCAAGUACUAUGAAGUGAACGACGUUACGCGGUUCCAGUACGAUCGCCCUGUACACAAGGGCACGGUUGACAAAGACAAUGAAUUCAAGUCUCUGUGGAUUGUAAGAACAAUCUACGAAACGGCUCAACCUUUGCCGGGCAUCUUGCGAUGGUUUGAAGUCAGCAAGACAUCGGAGCAUGAGUUAACGCCGGUUGAGUUUGCCUGCGAAACAAUUGCUAAUGUGAACAAGGAGCUAUCCGAUCUGAUCGUUCAGUAUCGUCUUGAUCCGAAGCGCAACCUGAACCCGUUCACAAUGCGUUUGCAAGGAUCGGUGGAUGCGAAUGUAAACGGUGGCUUCAGCAAAUAUCAGGAUGCUUUCUUUUCGGAGCGCUUCGCCAAAUCGACCGAGGGCCGUGACCAAAGUGUGCACGUGCAGCGACUGAAGCGGUUGAUAUUCGAACAGAUGCAAAUACUGCGUCAGGCAUUGGAACUUCAUCGCAGCCUUGCUCCGGAACAGGUGCUCCCGUUGCACAACCGGUUGUCGGAGGCGUUUCUCGAAUUGGAGAAGAGCACGUCCGAAUGGAAGACCAAUAUUAACAUUCCAACAAAACCACUGCCGCCGCUACCGAUUGGUCAACAGCAGCAGCAAGGUGGUGCUAGCGACUCAUGUAUGGGGCCAAACGGUGGUAAGCUGUCCAUGAUGAAUGGUGGAGCACAAGAGUUGGCUUACUUCCCGGAGGACUAUGAUGGCACGUACAUGUCUGUCAACAAGAAAGCGCUCUCGCUAUCAGGAAUCGUCCCUAUGACAGCGUUGACUUCCUCUCCGGUUCCGCAUAUUCCUCCACGCGAUAGCACCGGUGGCUUGAUACUGCCUGCCGUGUGUUCCCCUACGGCUCCACCAUUACCGCCGCGUGGCCACACGCCGGACAAGCGUAGUUCCAAUCCGAUGCCAUUUACAGAAUACGUAGAGCAGCAACAGCUGCAACAGCACAGUUUGCCGGGGAAGAACCGGCAGAAAAAGUACUCCCUGUACGAAAUAUCUCUCAACGACAGUGGCAAUUACGGUAGUCCGCGAAAUCUGAGCGAGUUCAGGCAAGGGUUCUAUCGCGAUUCGGGCAUUUCCACCAGCACCCAGGAAUUGAACAAUCUCAAUGUAGCAUCGUCCUCUGGGGCAACAGGUGGACAACACGCAAUAUCACAGGGAGCAGAAAGUUGUGCCCAAACACCACCACAUCAGCACUAUCAUCAGCCAAUGGCAAUUCCAUCCACCGUAACGCCACACGACGAUUACAACAUCAUCGCAAACGGAAACACUCUGCCGGCAAUGGCACAGCCAUCGAUCCGUGGCCAUCAAAAGACGAACUCCAAUCCCGAAGCGUACCAAAGCAUUCCAAUGAUGAAUUCCGGGUCAUCCCCUUCGACCGGUACGGCGCAACCUCCACCACCGCCAAUUCCGCCCAAGUCGGCAACGCUGCACCAUCAGCACUCCCUACCAGUCGUGAGCAUCGGAGCAGGGCCCGCCAAUAAUAAUAAUAAUAACAAUAAUAACAGCAUUUCCCUCCCCUUCCAUUCGCAAGGGGCUCAUGCGCAGCAGCAUUUACCACAGCCCCACUACCAUCACCAGCGCAAUCAGUCACUUAACCUGAGCACCAACAGUUCGUCAGAUGGGGAGCAGUUAAGCUUGAACGACAUCAGCCCAGCACCGCCACCGAUGUUUAAUGACAAUUUUAGCGACUCCUUUAGCGACGAUUGUGACAAUCCGGUACCGUCCAGCCAACACUCCAAACUGACACCUAGUCCGGGACGCUCGGGAGGAUCCGGUGGGGCGGCAUGUGUUGGCGCACCGUCCGGUUACAACGCUACGCUUAACGGAACGUCGUCAGGCGAUGGAACGUUGGAGCUUAGUUCCAUCACAACGACCACCACAACAACCACCAUCAUUUCCUUACGUCGGGACGAUGAAGACGAAAUAUUUUACUAAAGUUGUGCGCGUAACGGUUAACCUAGAAAAUAUGGAAAACCGGUACAUCCGACCCAUUCUCCGUGGGGCUGUUUGGGGAAGAGGAGAAACUUGAGGAAUGAAGACUUUUCUACUGAUCAUUUUUGAUCAUACGUUGUGAAAGAUGAUGAUAUUAUAAAAACGAACACGUGUUCAAAUGAUGAAUACGUAGGUUAUAAAUGUGCAAUCUCUAUUCUUAUGCCGCGCGAGUGCGAUAUCGUGCCGCGAUAAGAAAGCAACUACAUACCAACGAGAAUUAUAUUCAGGAACGUCAUAAGCAGAACCCACACACAUAGGAAGUCGUUUAUAUUACUGUAAAGUGUAAAGCAUGCAAGCUGCUUGCGCUAUUUAUAUAUAUACAAAGAUUACGUGCGGGUGCAUAUGCAUAUACGCCCAUAAUUUAACUGAAAACGAAUUCCAUACAAUGAAUCAUAUACCUCUAUACAAUUAUUCGUACUCCUCCCUUCCGUCACUAAUGAAAGGAGGGAGAAAUAGUUGGCAGUGACCACUCCCGGACUGCUGUAUUUAAUCUUUAGACUCUGUAGUUGUAUGUGUGUGCGUGUGUGUACAACGUGUGUAUGUGUGUGUGUGUAUCAUUUAUUAGAGAGAGUGCAAAAACCAUUUGCCAAAAAGGAAAAAAAAACUUUAAACAUUAAGUAAUACCGUAGCAAUAUACUGAUGUUGAAACACACAACAAAUUCUCUCGAUAACUUAUCUGCUGCCUAUACACUGUGGCCAAAUGCGAUAUGAAGAGAAAACCAAAUAGAAAGAUAUUAUGGGUGGAUUAAGUUAGGUACAAUCAUGUCUCGUGCUGCGCGGUAGCAUUCUUUAAGCAAUGGCGGACGGACAUUGUGCGGAAUAAUAAGAACCGAGUGUGAUUUCAAUCUAGUAUUUUUUUUUUAUUUAGAAAACAGCAGGAUCUGAGCAUGGAAAUGGAGACGAUCGAUCGAGGAUGUCGCUAGCAAAAGUAGCCCGAUGGACAAUGUUUAUACUAUAAUUGCUUAAUGGUUAUUCCCUAGCAGCAGCAGCAGCAUAUGCAUAAAUACAUAAAUAAUUACCUCUCGUCUACUCAGCUAGUUACCCCGUUUCCGCAUUCUCGUUUUUCCCUACUAGUAAUCUACCUAGUCAGUAGUAAUGAUAUAGGAAAACAAUCUCUGAAUGCUUAUUCAGCUCGCAUAAGAGCGUAAACAUUGAAUUUUUAUUCGUAAUUCGUAAAACAAUGUACACAGCAUAUACGGCAAAUUAGUAGAGUGAACGAUGUUGAAAAAAGAAAGACAGAAAGAGAGAGAGGGAGAGAGAGAGAGAGAGAGAGAGAGAGAGAGAGAGAGAGAAAGAAACAACAUUGCUUGAUCCAUGUUUUAGUAGACCCAGGUUAGUUUGUACGUGUGACAAGGUGUUUAGCUUCGAGUAGAUAAUUGACCUUCCUACUACAACAACAACAACAACUACUACUGCUACUAUUCGAUCUUUAUACUGGCGCCAUGCACACAUAAAAUUCAAUCUUGAUCCUUUUAAGGUAAAUACCUAAUAAAAAGCAGUGCUACAAUAGACGAAA